UCGAGCGCGCGGGAACGGUGAUUUCAUUAGAACGUUUCCGACAUUCUUUGCAUCAUCAUGCCGAACUGUCCGAAGUGCACAAAGCCAGUUUACUUUGCUGAACGAAUGACUUCGUUGGGAAAAGACUGGCAUAGGCAAUGCCUUAGAUGUGAAAAAUGCAAUAAAACUCUGGUACCUGGAUCACAUGCAGAGCACGAAGGAAAGCCUUACUGUCAUAAUCCUUGUUAUGGCGCACUCUAUGGACCAGGAGGAUUCGGACGAGGAGGAGCUGAAAGUCAUCAGUAUAAAUAAUGUGUAAACAACUACGUAAUAAAAAAUAUUCGUUGUGUUUCUCAAGCUAUCAAAAUCUCCUAAAUAAUGUUUAUUUUGCUGCGGUGAAACGAGUCCAAUAUAAAAGAACAUUUGCACAAGAAAGUCCUGGCUACAUCCUUCUCUAUAAAGUUUUUUUUUUUCUGACCGUACUUCAAAGAAAGACAUUAAAGGUUUGAAAUUUUUCUGUGCAAAAUUAAUAUUUCACUUGUAGUUUAAAUCAUAACUUUUAUUGAAAUACGCGAAGUUGUGAUUAUUUUUAUUUUGAGAAUUUAGUAUAUCUACUUGUGGCGUUUUUCCCCCGUCAUUUAAAUAAAACUUAAAAUUGAAAAUAAUACCUAAGAUCAAAACAAAACGAAAAUGUUCGAUAAUGUUCGAACAGAAAAUUUCUUUCUUUCUAAAAACUUGAUCAUUCGUGCUUGAAUGAACUUUAGCAUGAAAUAUUAACAUGUGCUUAAUGUUUUCUUGAGCUGAUUUCAACAAGAUUGUUAUAAGAUUGGGGAAAUAUUUCAUCUUUUUAAAGUUUUUUAACAUUGUCAGUUGCUGGAAAACAGUCAGCAAUAUGUGAACUGAAAAUAAUCAGCUGACUAACGUUAAAGUCAAAUGAAUAACAAAGGGAUACCAGCAAGACUCAUUUGAACUUUUUCGUCAACUCAACUAUUUCCGCAGUUAAAGCUCUGUCAAACAAAAUUCGCAAUUUUAAGAACUUAUUUUUCUACUUAAGAAAGAUGCAUUGUCGUAGAUUGUGAACAGAACCAUCUGUAUAAUGUAUGAAGAAUAAAGCUGCUCUAAUACGUUGCAGCAUUUAACAGCUUCCGACUGUAGUUGAAAGCUUAAUUAAAUAAUUAAAAACAUAAAAUAGUUUGAAUAUUUGUUGCUUAAGUUCAUUUUCCUUUGUAAUUGUUACUCUUCUACUAAGUACCUUUAAUAGUAAAUAAUGUUUGUUUUGGA